UUGGAUGUCAGUGGGUCUCACAGGAGCAAAGCAAGUACCUCCAGAAGGAAAGAUCCUGUGUAUGACAGUGCUAAGGAUAGAUCUACAAGAUACUCGGUCCCUAGUCAUGCUUACAGUGAAUCUCAUAGUUCAAAGAAGAAAGCUGCUUAUUCCCAUAAAGAUUUAUUGAGUGGAAUUUACUAUGAUCAAAGAAAUUAUAGCAGCCUUAGAUAUAGUAAACCAGUUUCUUCCUACCAUACUCGGUCUUCUUCUCUAUACAGUGAUCCAGUGGCAACAACUAGGAGUUACAGGGUGUCUCCUUCUGUAAACACUGGUUUGAUAAGAAGUAUCAGUUUGGCAUCUUUGUGUGGUGAUGGAUUACGUAGCUCAUAUAGUUCUCGCACUCCAUCGGAAUACAGUUAUUCUUCAAGAGCAAGCUCAAUUCGAAGUAGUCCUGUGUCCUCUGAUUUUUCUGAUCAAAGUGAAACUGCUGCUGACUAUUUUAGUCGUUCCAACCGCAGGGGAAGCAUUGUUUCCGAUGCAGAUGAUGUUCAAGGUUUGAAUAGUCUCGAAGAAAAGAGUGAAAAAUCACAUUCAGAAAUAUUUUCAAGGCCAUCAUCUCGCAAUUCCAUAAGUGCAACUCCUCUGAGUGGCAACUCAUCUAGGAGAGGAAGUGGAGACACAAGCAGUUUGGUGGAUCCUGAUGCCUCCCUCAGUGAAUUACGGGAUAUCUAUGAUCUUAAGGACCAGAUACACGAUGUAGAAGGGAGAUACAUGCAGGGACUUAAGGAACUAAAGGAUUCACUAGCUGAAGUGGAAGAGAAGUACAAGAAAGCUAUGGUUUCCAAUGCUCAACUAGACAAUGAGAAAAACAACUUGGUUUACCAAGUGGAUACUCUAAAGGAUGUCAUUGAGGAGAAAGAAGAACAGAUAGCAGAGUUCUAUAGGGAGAAUGAAGAGAAGUCAAAGGAAUUGGAAAGACAGAAACACACGUGCAGUGUUCUACAGCAUAAGUUGGAUGAACUUAAAGAGGGCCUUCGACAGAGAGACGAGUUGAUAGAGGAGAAUCAACGCAUGCAGCAGAGUUUAGACUCCAUAACCAAAGAGGUGUUUGAUCUGCAGGAGACAAUUAAUUGGAAAGAUAAAAAAAUAGGGGCCCUAGAAAGACAGAAAGAUUACUUUGACUGCAUUAAGAAUGAGCGAGAUGAGCUCAGAGAGGAGUUGGCUGACCUGAAGGAAACAAUGACGAGAGGAGAGAAACAUGGAUUAGUUAUAAUUCCAGAUGGCACACCAAAUGGCGAUGUAAACCAUGAAUCAGUGGUUGGUGCAAUAACAGUUGUAUCACAGGAAGCUGCUCAAGUCUUGGAAUCUGCAGGAGAAGGACCACUAGAUGUACGGCUACGAAAACUGGCUGGAGAAAAGGAGGAAUUAUUGUCCCAGGUUAGAAAACUGAAGAUGCAGUUGGAAGAAGAACGACAGAAAUACUCUAAAAGCGACGGCAUGAAUCCAGAUAUGAUUGGCUUAGAGAACGGUUCUGACUUGCAGCUCAUUGAAAUGCAGAGAGAUGCCAACAGACAAAUUAGUGAAUACAAAUUUAAGCUUUCGAAAGCCGAGCAAGAUAUGACUACCUUGGAACAAAAUAUUGGACGACUUGAGGGGCAGGUUGCAAGGUAUAAAAAUGCAGCAGAAAAUGCAGAAAAAGUAGAAGAUGAACUCAAAGCUGAAAAGAGGAAGCUUCAGCGAGAGUUAAGAACAGCACUGGAUAAGAUAGAAGAGAUGGAGAUGACCAAUAGCCACUUAAUGAAAAGGCUGGAGAAGAUGAAGGCAAAUAGGACUGCGCUUUUAUCUCAACAGUGAAGUGGAAGUUCAAAAUAUGAUGCACUGCUCCUUGAAUAACUAGCCCCUAGUUUUUAAAUACAGACUUUCAUUGGCAUGAACUAUUUGAACACUGAGCUGUUCAUUGGUGUUUCAGUUUCAGAAUUAAAAUACGUAUUUCUUUUUGUAACUUAUGAGAGAAUGAAAUACAGUUUGAAUUCCCAUUUGAAUGACAGCAAUUUUUUCUGUAGUGUUUGAUUCUAGGGUCAGAGCUGGAGCACAAUGCUGGAUGUUUGACUUAGCGAUAGAAAAAGUUUUUACAACUGUGGAAUCAAGUUUACUCACGAUCUCUUUUGGCUGCUUUAAUGAUGCUUGAUGCUCCGAGACAACUGCAUGAAUUCAAGAAGACACUGUAUACUGUAUCGUAAACUAACAUAUAUUUGCUCAAGACAUCACACAGCACAAGUGCCUUUUAUCUGGUGCAAUUUAGACUUCAUUGUUGAAAUAACUUUGAAAUCAGAUAACAUUUUAUUUUAGGAUACAUUUGGGGUAUUCACUAAACUUUAUACAUUUUGAAAAUACAUUUUUGUAAAAUAUUUAAAUUUAUAAGGAAAAAAAUAGGGACUGUAUAUAAAAAAAUCUGCUUUUUUUGCAUGGGCACAUCUGAAUUCUAGGUAAUUUUGUCAAAUAUUAGCCCCUGAUACUCUUAGUAUUAAGAGUGCAGAUUUAAAAACUUCUGUUGUACACCAUCAAAUUAUAUGUCAUCUGCUGCUUAAGUGUGAAUUGAAAUUUUUAGGGUGGGAGGUAGGGGUGGGAGAUUUGGCUAAGGAGUUUAUUAAAUGGACACUU